ACAACGAAAAUAUUAUAGAAAUUCGUUGGACCUUCUAUCUUAUUACAUCAAAUUUGAUACCAUGGUCCAUGACAUGAGGAUCCACAUGCCUAAGUUCCCAACUAUAGUAUAGUGAGUAGUUCGACAAUAAAUAUACACUCACGACGUUGAUCAUGCCAGAAAUCGAAUAAGGAUUACAAUAGUAACAUAAUUCGUCAGUUGAACAAAGUGACAAUUGGUUUCUACUGUCACACAUACUAAUAUUUAUAUGAUAUGCACAUUUUUCAUGCGUCUAGUCUAUGUCUUCUUUAUUUGGACCCACGGAUUCAGCACACUUUUUCCUGUCCAAUGGCAAUGAUACCUUGUUUCACUGUUCAAUCAUCUUUUGGUUCCAAUCAAAAGUAGCAAAUUCCGAUAUUGUGCACCAUACAUGAAGCUAGGUGUUACAGUAGUUAAGAAAAAAGAAGUGGUGAAAACAACAUAACAGUAAAAGUUCGCUAUUUUUUCUCUUACCUGAAAGUCUCAAGAUUUCAAUAGUUGUAUUUAUUUUGCUUUGCCCUUUAUGCUUUUUGGUGGGAGAAGAGCAGAAGCAGAAUUCCCUCUUGAGAAAACAGCUUCUUUUUUUUUGUUCCUUUCCUUCUGCUUCUUGUUCUUUCUUUUUCUCCUUUUGCCAUGUUGCUUUGAUGUUUCUGUAAGUAAUUUCCUGUCCCUACAGACCAUAUUUUCUCAAGAUUUUGCUGCUCUUUUUCUUGUUUCAAUUGACUUUUUGAGAGUUAACUGUAUUCUGUUUGUCUGCUCCAUUAUCUCCUAAUGGAAUAUGGCUCAUUUCACACUUACCUACUCCUUGGUGGGAAAAAUACUGUUCAUGUCCUUCUACUGUGAAACUGAGGCCACCCCCUUAUUCUUUUUUUGCCUUCUUAAUAUGCUUUCACAGUUUUAACUAUUAUGUUGUUUGCUGUAUUGGUUUGCUUUGUAUCCCAUAUCAGUUGUGUAAGUUAGGAAGAUUUGAGCUUUCUUGAAUCAGCAAUUUGAAGGGUCAAGGUUGCACCUUUUUUCCCCAAGUUCAUGAUGAGGCUAUUUUGGACAUUGAUUCUGAUAGUUCUCUACCAUGGGUAUUCUUCAGAGGGGGUUAAUAAUUCCACUCUUUCUGCAAGGCCUAAAGUUGUGAACAUUGGGUGUAUACUGUCUUUCAAUUCGCUCGUUGGGAAAAUUACCAAAGUUGCUGUGGAAGCUGCUGUGGAAGAUAUAAAUUCCAUUCCACACGUUCUUGGAGGAACUAAGUUGAAUAUGAUAACAUUGGAUAGUAAUUCCAGUGGAUUUCUUGGAAUAGUUGAGGCUAUCCGCUUCAUGGAGAAGGAUACUAUGGCCAUUGUUGGCCCCCAAUCUUCUGUUAUAGCUCAUGUGGUAUCAAACAUUGCAAAUGAGCUGCAGGUUCCUCUAUUGUCAUUUGCAGCCACAGACCCUACUCUUUCUUCGCUUCAGUACCCGUUUUUUGUUAGAACUUCCCCAAGUGAUAAGUUUCAGAUGGAAGCAAUAGCUGAACUGAUCGACUACUAUGAAUGGAGAGAAGUCAUUGCAAUAUAUAUUGAUGAUGAUUUUGGAAGAAACGGUAUAGCUGCAUUAGCAGAUCAGUUGGCGAAGAGACGAUGUUCGAUCUCUUACAAAGCAGCUUUGAAACCUGAAGCAACAAUGGAUGAUGCCAGGGAUGUCUUGGUUCAGGUCGCUUUGAGGGAGUCUCGAAUUAUGGUUGUUCACACUUAUCCUUCCAAGGGUCUGGAGAUAUUCUCCAUGGCACGGUAUUUGGGGAUGCUAGAUAAUGGAUAUGUGUGGAUUGCGACAAAUUGGCUGUCAACUAUCCUUGACGCUGCUAGUCCCCUAGAUCCGGAUAAGAAAGAGAACCUUGAAGGGGCUAUCACGUUGCGUAUUCACACUCCAGGUUCAGAAUUGAAACAGAAAUUUGUGUCAAGGUGGAGCAAUUUGACAAGGAAAGCAGGACUUACUUCAGGGAUGUCCACUUAUGCUCUCUACGCUUAUGAUACUGUGUGGCUACUUGCUCGUGCCAUCAAUGAAUUCUUUAAUCAGGGUGGAAAUAUUUCAUUUUCUAAGGAUCCAAGGCUAACUGAGCUGAAUAGUGGAAGUCUGAAUCUUGAUUCUAUGAGCAUCUUUAAUGGAGGGAAGUUAUUGCUGGAUAACAUUUUUAAGGUUAACAUGACAGGUGUAACAGGACCAUAUAGUUUCACUCCUGAAAAGGAUCUCUUGCACCCUUCUUUUGAAGUCAUUAAUGUGGUUGGCACAGGUUUUAGGAAAGUUGGUUAUUGGUCUGAAUACUCUGGUUUAUCAAUUGUGCCUCCUGAAACACUGUACUCUAAGCCGCCAAAUCGUUCCUCUUCAAAUCAACAGCUACAUAGUAUAAUCUGGCCUGGACAAACAACUGAGAAACCUCGUGGAUGGGUUUUCCCGAACAAUGGGAGACAACUGAAAAUUGGAGUUCCUAACCGAGCUAGCUUUCGAGAAUUUGUCGGAAAGGUACCAGGCAGCGACUCAUUCCGAGGAUACUGUAUUGAAGUCUUCACUACUGCCAUAAACUUAUUGCCUUAUGCUGUCCCUUACAAGCUAGUUGCCUUUGGGGAUGGCCAUAACAAUCCAGAUGAUGCUGAGCUAGUGCGCCUAAUCACAGCAGGAGUUUAUGAUGCAGCCAUAGGCGAUAUAGCUAUUACAACUAAUCGAACAAAAAUGGUUGAUUUCACUCAACCGUACAUUGAAUCUGGGUUAGUUGUAGUGGCACCAGUUAAAGAGCAGAACUCUAAUGCUUGGGCUUUUCUCAGGCCAUUUACUCCCAAGAUGUGGUGUAUCACUGGUGUGUUUUUCUUAAUCGUGGGCACUGUAAUUUGGAUUUUGGAACACAGAUUAAAUGAUGAUUUUCGUGGACCUCCAAGUAAACAGCUUGUCACUGUUUUAUGGUUCAGCUUUUCAACUCUCUUUACUGCCCAAAGAGAAAACACUGUCAGCACCCUUGGCCGCAUUGUCCUUCUUAUAUGGCUAUUUGUGGUUUUGAUAAUAAACUCAAGCUACACUGCCAGUCUCACCUCAAUUCUCACCGUGCAGAAACUUUCUUCACCAAUUACAGGAAUUGAAAGUUUAGUAAAUACAAAGGAACCCAUCGGUUAUCAGUUGGGUUCAUUUGCUCGUAAUUAUCUGAUUCAAGAACUGCACAUUGAUGAAUCUAGACUAGUUCCUCUUAACCUGCCUGAAGAUUAUGCUAGAGCUUUAAAAGAUGGCCCUAGCCAUGGUGGUGUUGCAGCAAUAGUAGAUGAGCGUGCAUAUAUGGAGCUUUUCCUCUCAACGCGUUGCCAAUUCAGUAUUCUGGGUCAAGAAUUCACAAAAAAUGGAUGGGGGUUUGCUUUCCCUAGGGACUCUCCUCUCGCUAUUGACAUGUCAACAGCAAUUCUGAAACUAUCAGAGAAUGGAGAACUUCAGAGGAUCCAUGAUAAGUGGCUUUCUGGAAUAGCUUGCACUUCACAGAACACAAAACUUGAAGUGGACAGGCUUCAGCUGAAAAGUUUCUCAGGUCUAUUCUUCCUAUGUGGGUUGGCAUGUUUUCUGGCUCUGCUCAUUUAUUUUGUGAUGCUAGCAUGUCAAUAUUGCCAUUACUAUCCCGACCCCGUCUCUAGUGAAAGCUCGCGAUCAGGACGACUGCAGACAUUCCUUUCUUUUGUUGAUGAAAAGGAAGAGUCAGUGAGGUCUCGAUCCAAACGAAGGCAGCUGGAAGCGACUUCAGUUAGAAGUACUGAUCAAGAUGCAUCAGUGAAUGGUUCAAGGAUCGACCGUUCUGAGUUAUACUCGAACAGAGCUGUAAGUUUUGGAGAAUCUGUAUAGUUCGUCAACAAUAAUAUGCCAUUCCUCCUCAAAUGUAAUUGUAUAGGUUGACUGCAUAUUUGGGUAGACAGUGCUGUUAACUGUGUCAAAUUUUACAAAGUUUUGGUACCAUUGGCAUAAUGUCAUGCAAUCCCAUAACCUCCUACAGCUA